AUGGGGAUUCAUGUUGCGCUGCUUCCUUUGGCCGCCUACAUGGCGGCCGCCUCAGUGUCUUCUGUCGAAGGCUUCCAGACCUCGCGGAGCUAUUCAGUAAUGGGCCCAUCCAGUAUUCAUGGUAUGGGAUCUGUUAGAGCUUCCUAUCCAGCUUCCUCACUGCAAACAGGAUCGACGCCGUUCGCUGCUCUGGCCGCCCCACACCUCGCCAGGCAACCCUCGACGCCCUCUUCGAGGACCUUCGCCAGGAGAUCAAAGAAGAUCAUUUUGGCCGAUGAAUGCAGAAAUCAGCUACUUGAAGGCAUUCAACAGGUCGCAGACGCUGUGCGAGUUACACUGGGGCCUCGUGGGCGCAAUAUCUUGCUGGAAAAGGACUAUGGACCUCCACUCAUCGUGAACGACGGCGUCACGAUUGCUCGUAACAUUGAACUGCCCAAUCGGGCCCACAAUGCAGGAGCGAAAUUAGUGCAAGAAGUUGCCUCCACUUCAGAUGAAUGGGCUGGAGACGGUACCUCCUCGACGACCAUCCUUACCGCAGAAAUUGCGAAAAAGGGUGUAGAGUACGUGAACCAGGGACACAAUCCAAUCCCUCUGCAGCGCGGCAUUCAGAAGGCAGCACGCAUCAUGAUGGACGAAGUGCGGAACCUGGCAAAGCCAGUCAACGGCUUCGGGGAUUUGCUGAACAUCGCAACCGUCGCUACGAGUGGGAAUGCCGCGAUGGGAGAAGUGAUCGCAAGGGCAUUCGACAAGCUGGGCAACCAUGCUGCUAUUGUGCUCGAAAACAACCCGUCACAGGAGGACACCCUCGAGUUCACCGAAGGAUACACAUUUGAGAGAGGCUACUCGUCUCCGUACUUCCUGCUUGGCGAGGAAGCUGACUUCAUUGAGUGGAAGAACCCUCACGUGAUGGUCUGCGACUAUAAGAUAGAAAGCGCACAGGCCAUGCUCCCCAUCCUGGAGCACUUCGUCAGAACUAAAGAACCCCUUGUCAUCAUCGCCGAGGACUUCUCCACGGAUAUGCUGCAAACGUGCAUCAUUAACAGCAUGCGCAGGCUCCUCAAAGUGGUGACGAUCCGUGCUCCAUCCUUUGGCGAGCGCCGAAAGGACUACUUGCGUGACAUCGCCGUCGCAACAAAUGCACAACUCAUUUCGAAGGAUUUGGGUCUACCACUGGAAGAAGCGACGCCUGAGCAUGUAGGAAGUGCCCAGGGUGUUGUUGUCAGGAAGGACAGAACUUCGAUUCUGACGAGACCAGAGUUUCAGGACCAGAUCCAAGAACGUGUUCAGAGACUCCAGGGAGAGAUGGAAUCGGCAACGUCGAAGUUCGACAAGGACAAACUUGGCGAACGCGUUGCUGCCCUUUCCGGGGGUAUUGCGAGGAUAAUGAUUGGGGCAUCUACGGAGACGGAGCAGAAAGAAAAAAAACUCCGGUACGAAGACGCCAUUAAUGCAGUCAGAGCAGCCAUUGAAACUGGCUACGUGCCAGGCGGUGGCGUCACGUACCUCGCCCUCAGUACGGAUCAGUUCCGUUCUAAGGUCCUGAAAAUGGUGGAAGAGACUGCUCGCGAGGAAAUGAAGGGCAUUGACGAAUCAACAGGAGAAGAAUUCCAGGUUGUCGAGGAAAUGGAAAGCGAGAUUGAGCUGCAGAAGGCUGGUGCCACAAUUGUUGCGGACUCUAUGGAAUCCAUAACGAAGCAGAUCGCCUUAAACGCUGGUCUGGAUGGAGACAGAGUUGUUAAUGCCAUCUUGAAGGCCAACAAGCCGUUCGGGUUUGGCUGGAAUGCCAAGACGAACAAAUUCGGAGAUAUGAUUAGCCAGGGCGUCAUUGAUCCCGCCAAGGUAUGUAUUUCUGCAAUUGAGCACUCAACCUCCGUGGCAGGCCUUGUUCUAACGACCGAGGGCAUGAUGAUUGAAGAGGAGCAGGAAAGAAACAAGUCAUCUCCUGAUGAUGGAGAACUAUAG